AUGAUGAACUCCGACGGAAACGAUCAAAUGUUUUAUCUUCAAUCCGCGAACAAGCAGCACAUGUUCUACUGGUCACAGGACGAGCGCCGCUCCGAUGCGCUUCUUCCGAUUUACACAGAUAGCGGUUUCGGAGGCAAUUUGCAAGUGCGCGGUGAAUACGUUGAUCGGCAGUCGGUCGACACGUCUGCAUCGCGACUUCUUCACGGCGGCGGUUGUGUGUCUGCCGAUGGCACUCAGCUGAUCGCCGCCGUCCUAAACUGGACGAACAGCGAGAGUGGUCCUGCACUGUUCGCUCUGGCGGCGCAGAAUCAUUUCGAACAGUUGAACACUGCGUCGGAAAACGGCUAUACGCCGCUGAUGUACGCAGUGGCUGCCGGUAACUGGACGGCGAGUGUCACGCUUCUAUCUCUUGGAGCUCAACGCGAUGUGACAGAUGUGAACGGAAACACCUUACUGCAUAUCGCUGCCGACAGACGACUGCAGCGAUUCCUAUUCAGGGGACAUGUAAUGAUCCUCGAAGGUCUGCUGAUUUUCCUCGGAAACGACGCGAACCGACCGAAUUCCAACGGCGACACGCCGAUGCACUUAGCUGCCAGAAGCCAACACGCCGCAUGUCUUGAUCGACUACUCAACAUCAACCACUUGCACAGCAAUAUUCAGAACUCGGCUGGAGACAGCCCUAUGCAUAUUGUUUGUGGUCUUCCUGAGUCGCCAACAAAAAUCGCAAUGGUCGGUCGACUUUUGGCGAACACUCGGCUUAACCUACACCUUUGCAAUGAGGACGAGCUAACACCUGUUCACAUUGCCAUCUCCAAAGACUGCCAUAGAACUAAAUUUGAAGCCAAGGAGCCGAUCUGGAGUGAGUUUCAGUUGAACGCUGACGUAACCCGAUGCUCUAAACUGGGUCGUACCGCAUUGCAUCUCGCACUUGAGAAGUGGCACGGUUCGGUCGACAAGGACAUGGAUCGGCUUGCUUGCGUUCAGGCAUUAGUACUUGCUGGCUGUCCGUUGAAUGUGCAGGACUGUGACGGCGAGACUGCUUCACAUUUGUUAGUGAAGGAGUUUAUUAAGUUCACAACUGCUUCGCGUGACUGCAAAGUUGUCAACUUACCGAUCUCUGUGUUUCAUACGAUUACCUCAUGUAGUGAUCUCAUACACAUGAACCUUCACGACAUUGCAAGUCUUGUUCGACCUCAUUGGCAGUUCGCUUGCAUGUGUUUCCUUGUCGCUCGAGGAGCGGAUUUUUCCUUAGUCGACCGUUCUGGUACGUCAGUAUUAGAUGGGUGUUUAGACGUGCGAGUUCGACAUCUGUUGAUGGAUAUCGUAGAUAAGCGACCAAGGUGUGGUUAUCACAACUAUCAGCCUUUACCUCCUAUCAUUCGUUUGCCAUUGGAUGGUGUAGAAAUACAAAUAGGAGAAGCACCGCUAAGAACAGUCGCCGUUUCUGUAGAAGAACAGUGCAGAAUAUUAGCCAAUGAAGAGAUUGAGCGAAUAGCUGCCGCUGCCGCUAAACAGGCCAAGUUAGACGCCGAACGAGAGAAGCUCCGCGAGUUGGAAGAAUUGCGAGAAAGACUGGCCCAGUUGGAGAUGGAAACGUCAUGUAUUAUCUGCAUGGAUGCUCGACCAAGUGUUCGUUGA